GCCGUCGCCGUCGCUUCCUGUAUCUUCGUUAUUGUUUCAGAAAGUUAAAAGUAUGGAGGCAGUGGUGAUUGAUGCCGGCUCAAAGCUUUUGAAAGCGGGUUUCGCGGUUCCUGAUCAACCUCCUUCUAUGGUUAUUCCGACUCAAAUGAAAGUGAUGAAUGAAGAUGGAUCAAUGCCUGAUUCUCCAUCGCUAGUGGCUAACACUGUUGAUCCAGUUGUACGAGGGUUUGUUAAAGAUUGGGAUGCUAUGGAGGAUCUCCUGCACCAUGUUCUUUACAAUGGUUUAGGAUGGGAAAUUGGUAAUGAAGGUCAAAUUUUGUUUGCGGAUCCUCUGUUAACCCCCAAGGCUGUGAGAGAGCAGUUGGUGCAGUUGAUGUUUGAAACGUUUAACAUAUCAGGCUUCUAUGCUUCAGAGCAAGCAGUGUUAUCACUCUAUGCAAUAGGACGCAUUUCGGGGUGCACAGUUGAUAUCGGUCAUGGAAAAAUAGAUAUUGCUCCAGUAAUUGAAGGUGCGGUUCAGCAUGUAGCUUCACGAAGAAUAGAAAUUGGGGGUGCUGAUUUGACAAAGCUGUUUGCACAAGAGCUUGCAAAGUCCAAUCCAUCGAUAAAGCUUGAUCUGUCUGAAGUUGAGAGACUAAAAGAGCAGUAUGCAUGCUGUGCCAAGGAUGAUCUUGCUUAUGAGAAGACAUUGCAAUCAUGCGAGGAGGAGCAACAUACUUUGCCUGAUGGACAGGUGAUCUCCAUAAAAAGAGAAAGGUUUACGGUGGGAGAGGCAUUGUUCCAACCAUCUAUUUUGGGUUUGGAAUCUCAUGGUAUUGUUGAGCAGCUUGUCGACAUACUCUCAGCGGUAACAUCUGAGAAUAAUCGUCAGCUGUUGGAGAACACUGUUCUCUGUGGUGGAACAGUUUCCAUGGCAGGUUUUGAAGAUAGGUUUCAAAGCGAGGCUAGCCUUUUCUCAUCUUCCAUACGCCCUUCUUUGGUUAAGGCCCCAGAGUACAUGCCAGAGAACUUAUCCAUGUAUUCAGCAUGGGUGGGUGGUGCCAUACUUGCCAAGGUUGUAUUUCCUCAAAAUCAACAUAUAACCAAGGCAGAUUAUGAUGAAUCUGGACCAUCCGUUGUCCACCGCAAAUGCUUCUAGUAAUGUAUUGGCUUUUGUGUUGUGUAUCUGUAUCUGUAUCCUACCUAUUAGACUUGCCAGGUUACUAGUUAAGAAUUUGGUUAAUCUUAGUAAAUAGGAACGUUAACAUUCCCUAAUUAAUGAGCCAGAACUGUUGUAGCAGAGAGUUCUCAGUGGUGGUGUAAGUUAUUUUUACUUUAUCCAUCGGUUUGAUAAAAUUCGACAACAUUUACUCUGCAA